CAACAUUGUAACCAUUAAGGCAUCUGAUUCUCAUCUGUGCAGCAAGGGAGCUCUGAACCAAGAUGUGGCUGUUUAUUAUGGUAGCAUGUUGGACACAUGGAAUUGAGAGUUCAGAAGAAACUACGAGAAUGGUUGUGAAUCCUGAAGCAUUCAUGAAUAUUAGUGAGAUUAUUCGCUACAGAGGAUAUCCAAGUGAGGAGUAUGAAAUUAUGACAGACGAUGGCUAUUACCUUAGCAUCAACAGGAUUCCAGUUGACACAGGAAAUCGUAGAAACUCAAGUCUGAAGCCUGUUCUUCUCCAGCAUGGCUUAGUUUCAGAGGGAACCACUUGGAUUACAAAUAUGGUCAACAGCAGCCUGGGCUUCAUCCUAGCUGAUGCUGGAUAUGAUGUUUGGAUUGGAAAUAAUAGAGCAAACUACUGGGCAAGAAAACACCACAACUUUACAGCUGACCAGGAGGAAUUUUCAGAUUACAGCUUUCAUGAAAUGGCCCUAUAUGAUCUUCCUGCCAUCAUAAACUUUAUUCUGCAGAAAACGAGGCAAGAGCAACUGUAUUACAUAGGCUAUUCUCAGGGCACUACCUUAGGUUUCGUUGCAUUUUCAUCCUUGCCCCGGCUGGCUCAAAAAAUCAAAAUAUUUUUUGCAUUGGCUCCUAUAAUCACACUUAAGAAUUCUAAAAGUCCACUGGUAAAACUGUUCUUCAUACCUGAACGAAUAAGCAAGGCUAUUCUUGGCAAGAAAGAAUUCUCUGUGAAGGGAGAGGUUCUGAGCAAAUGGACUGUUUGGGUGUGCCGCUACAGAGUAUUUCAGAAGUUUUGUUCCUUGGUCUUUUCUGUCAUUGGGGGCUUUAAUGAAAAGAAUCUAAAUAUGAGUCGCGUUGAUAUCUACCUGUCACGCUUUCCAGAUUCAACAUCUGCAAAAAAUAUACUCCACUGGGGCCAGACUUUUAAAACAGGAGAAUUCAAGCAUUUUGAUUAUGGCAGUAAGGAGAAUGAAGUUAAAUACAACCAGACUGAAGCUCCCUUGUAUAGGUUAGAAGAUAUGAAAGUUCCAACUGCAUUGUGGUAUGGUGGAGAGGACUGGCUUGUGGACCUAAAGGAUAUAAGGCUAUUGCUCUCCAAAAUAACCAAUCUACUUUAUAAAAAGUAUAUUCCUGAUUGGAGCCAUUUUGAUUUCAUCUGGGGUCUUGAUGCUCCUCAGCAAGUAUACAGUGAAAUCAUUGAUCUGAUGAAGAAACAUCCGUAGAAUUGCAUACUUGUGUUUUAAUAUUAAACAGAAUUAAAAGGGUUCCUAUAAAAUGAGUUUUGUUUCUGAACUAAUUAUAGGGUUAACAGGUCUUUGCUAUGAUUCCAUAGAUAUUUCCACUACUAGCCACUACCACAUUUUGUAGCCUUCUGGUAAUACAAGUACUUGUCAGGGAUCUGAAUUUCAUUUCCUAUAGGAAAUUUAUCUCAUA